CAUCCACUUCACAUUCAUGUCAAUGUUACACAUGAUUUCAAUAUAUAUGUAUGCAUGUAGCUUAAAUAUUUAUUAUAGACUUGAUCACUGGAUAUCCAGGGAAUGGUUUAACUUACAAACACCGUAACCAUCACAAUCCCCCGCAUCACUUUUUGAUAUAAUUAACCCCACAACCAUCAUCACUAUCAACAUGAUUACAUUUACAUGCAUAACAUGUCUAAUAUCGUCAACAAGAUAAUUUGGAACAUUAGCCAAAUUUCCUGUAAAUGAUUUUAUGCCAUAUUUUAAAAGAAAAGCACAGUCGCAUUGGAUAAUAUUGUCUUAAAUAUACAAAUACUCGAAAAUGACAGAAUUGUCACGGAUAGAGCGUCUUUUAUCGCAAGUCUGCUCAAUGUGGACAGGCCUACAGUCAAACAAUUUCAUUCUCACUAAUAAAUGCUCAUAAUCGCCAAAACUCCCAUGUCUCCAUCACUAUUAUUAUCUUCAACAUCACUCUAUAGCAUACAUCAGCACCAUCAUCAGCAUCACAAUUUCGUUUAACAUCAUAAAGACCAUUACCACUAAUAUUAUCAUUAUUAUUCUCUAAUAUCAAGAUUACCCUACAAAAAUGAAUAAAAGCAAAAAUAAAUAAAAUCCACAACACGGAGCAUUUUUGAUGUUGGCAAGUUAUAAAACAUGUGGCACUUUUGGUCAUCCGUAUUAUAUAGGGGGAAUACUACGGAAGUAUUCUUUCAGUUGUGUAAGGAAAAAGAAAAAAUCCAUUAUCAGAUGAUGUUUGCAGCGUUAUUUGAAGACUGAGAAAAAAGUCAUUGAAGUGACUCAAAGUGAAUCAAUCAUCACAGAUGCACAUAUGUAUCCUGAGAAAGUCAGUCUAUAAACUGAAGUAAAAGGGAAAGACUUUGUGAAAAAGCCAAAUUGAAUGGGAACAUCAUCCCUUAUUUAAUAUGUUACAGUAUUAUCAUUGUGCUGCUUACUGAAAAUUCAGAUGUAUAUAUAAAUGUGUGUGAAUAGAUAUUUAUGUAAAUAGAAACUAUAUAAUAUAUAUUUUUAUACAGGCAAGUGCUCACACUCGCAUACAUAUAUUUUCAUAUAUAUAUUUGCAUUUGUGCACUCAUAACUAAACAUCUAAACUAUUGUGUACAGAUAUAUGCACACGUGUACACUUUCAAAUGCUCCUUUAUUUCGGUCAAAUAUGAUGUCAAUGAAGAUAUUCCAGUGCCAGUUGUGUGGGAAGGAUUUCUCUCAAAACUGUAACUUAAAACGACAUUUGAGAUUACACACGGGUGAGAAAUCUUACCACUGUAAAGUAUGUGGAAAGUCUUUUGCUCAGAACUUCAACUUUCAAAGGCAUCUCAAGUUGCACAGCGGUGAGAAACCUUUUAACUGCCAGUUAUGUGGGAAAGACUUCUCGCAGAACUGCAAUUUACAGAGACAUCUGCGAUCUCACACUGGAGAGAAGCCAUUCACUUGUGAGGUUUGUUGGAAGAAGUUCACUCAAAGUUCUGACUUGAAGAAACACUUACAGACACACACGGGAGAAAAACCUUUUCACUGUGAGAUGUGCGGGAAAGAUUUCUCUCAAAACUUCAACUUUCAAAGACACAUGAAAUCACAUAUUGGCAAGAAGAUGUUUUGGUGUCAUAUUUGCGAUAAUAAAUAUUUACGGCAUGAACAUUUGCAGCAACAUCUAAAGAUUCAUAUUAAUCAACGGUCCUUCUACUGUGAAAUCUGUGGGAAAGCAUUUACGUGCAGUAAAUAUCUUCAAAAGCAUAGUCGCAUUCAUACUGGAAUAAGACCUUAUCACUGCGAGAUCUGCGGGCGGGAUUUCAUUGAAAACUCUUCAUUAAAAAAACACCUUCAAGUACACACUGGUGAAAAACCAUUUGAGUGUAAGUUAUGUGGUAGAUCUUUUUCUCAGAACUUCAACUUUCAGAGACAUCUGCGAUCGCAUGUUGGUUUGAAGCCAUUCCAAUGUGAGAUAUGUAAGAAGAACUUCUCACAGAAUAGUAACUUAAAAAGGCACAUGAGAAUACAUCUUGGUGAGGACUUAUCUGGCCUGUGGAAACCUAACAUUGAAAAUGAGUUUGUGUAAUCCAUUACCUAUACCACACACAUGCAUGUUUGCACACUUACACAUAUGUUUAUUAUUGUUGUUAUAGUUCUUGUUGAGUAUCCUUGUCUGCUCUCUGCUGUGAACAUGCUGUCCUAACACUAGGUCUUUCAGCAUGUGGUUGUUUCAAAUACGGUAAGGAGAUAUUUGUGGAAAAUUUUACUGCUACAUUGUGUAGGUGGAGCAACAUUGUAAAUGAUACUACAUUUGUCCAGCACAUAGAUAUGAAGGUGUGGAGAUUUAGUCUUCAGUGUGAGGAGCAGAGCUGAGCCAGGACAAAUUGAACACAAAUCAUAUGACUACAUUCCAUUCAUAAUCAACUACAAAAUCAUGGGCAGCAGAUUUAAUUUGAUACAAUUUAAACCAGCACUUGAAUUUUGGGUGCCUUUAGCAGAAUUCACUCUUUUGCAAGCAUUUACACUAAGACCCUCAGUCUAAAUAAAAACCUAUGUGUUAAA